ACGAAGAACGACAUUUCCCAUGUUACCUUUAUCGCUUUUGACAAACCACGCCCCUUCAACUAAAGCAUGACUGAUAUCACGUAGGUAGGUGAAACUUCCGACACAGUUUUGAGUAGUUAAUGAGAGCAUACUGACAGGCCGUGGCAGGAAACACUGAGAGAGAAUCGGGGUUCUUUUACAGAUGGCUACCAUUCUUUUUUACUCGGUAAACAAAACGGCUCAGACUACGGCGAGACGGUGUUUAGGUUCUCAGUUAAAGGGGCUCGCUAGUGCUGGAGAGUCACUUUCGCCUUUAUCCUCCGCUCACAGUCGCUCAGUGCCGUUGCUUACGGGGACGAGAUGGCUUUCGAGGGGUACCAAAGUGAGGUUCAUGUCCCACGGGACUGCAGGCAGGUCUGCAUCUGGGAAAACCAGGAGGGGAGCACUGGCGCUCGGCGGAGCCGCGGCUGUAACAGCAGCAGCGGCCGUAGCGGGGUUUUUAGCUAACACUGAUCACUUCCAGCGCGCAGAGAUGGCAACAAGGGUCCCCCGAACCGCUAAGGAGACUGAGGAAGAAGGGGACAUCCUGGAGAGAUGCCGGGGGUUCAUGUCUCCGCCGGUGACCGACAUCAAUGUGCUGCAGGAGAGGAAAGAUGAAAUGCGCACGAAGAUGGAGAUGCUGAUCAUGGAGACCCAGGCCGAGUUCUGCAAAGCUCUGGAGAAGGUGGACGGUGGGAAGUUCAAGGUGGACCGGUGGGAUAGGAAGGAAGGUGGUGGAGGCAUCAGUUGUGUGAUGCAGGAUGGAAAGGUGUUUGAGAAGGCAGGUGUCAAUGUGUCAGUGGUGUCUGGGAACCUGACAGAGGAGGCCGCAAAGCAGAUGAGGAGCAGAGGAAAGGUCCUCAAAGGGAAAGAUGGUAAGCUGCCUUUUGUUGCCAUGGGAGUGAGCUCCGUUAUCCAUCCAAAGAACCCCCAUAUUCCCACAGUGCACUUCAACUAUAGAUACUUUGAGGUUGAAGAGGAAGAUGGCUCUAAGCAGUGGUGGUUUGGUGGAGGCACAGACCUGACUCCAGUGUAUAUUGAUAAGGAAGAUGCCUUUCACUUCCACAAAACCCUGAAGGAUGCCUGUGACAAGCACCACCCACAGCACUACCCCGACUUUAAGAAAUGGUGUGAUAGAUACUUCUACGUUCGCCACAGAGGAGAGAGCCGCGGUAUAGGAGGGAUCUUCUUUGACGACCUGGACUCCCCGAAUCAGGAGGAGGUGUUCAGCUUCGUCAAGAGUUGCGCCCGCACUGUGGUGCCCUGCUACCUGCCCAUUGUAUACAAACAUCUCAAUGAUUCCUUUACUGAUGAGGAGAAGGACUGGCAGCAGGUGCGACGAGGCAGAUAUGUGGAGUUCAAUCUGGUGUAUGACAGGGGAGUGAAGUUCGGGCUGGCCACCCCUGGCUCAAGAAUCGAGAGCAUCCUCAUGUCCCUCCCCCUCACCGCCAGGUGGGAGUACAUGCAUGAGCCUGCCAAAGGCACUCGGGAAGCUGAGAUGCUGGAUGCGUUACGAAACCCCAAGGACUGGGUGUGAACAGAGCACCCAUGGGUUUAGGUGUCAGUAUGGACAAAACAUGCAGGGAACCGUCUUUGUUGUAUUUUAUAAUGCUGAGCUGUUUGACCAGCUUGGCAACAUUUAAAUCUGCUUUUAUAUCAACUGACGUCAUCUGAAGACUAUUUUCUAUUUCCUUUUGUCAAACGUUAAACUUAAUCCCAAAUUCUGACGCAAUGAUGAGAAACCGUGCUGUCGAACUCCGUUCAUGAGCUUUGUGCCAUUGGUUACUGCCUGACAAAGUAAAGCAAAUAAUGUGACUUAAGAGGUGACCUCCUUUCAGGUCAUCUUACCCUUCCAUUGUGCUCCUCUUAACAGGUGUUUGUGUGCGCUUUUGGGGUCUCCCCCCCCAUGCCUGUGCUAAAUGUGGCUUGCUCUUCUUGAAACUGUCAGUUCUUCUGUAACCCUGAAAGGGGGCAAACUGAGCCACUGUGUCAACUUUGCUAUCUAAUGUUAAUAAAGGCUAGUUUCAAUGUC